AAUGGACAAAACUGACAGGACAAAAAACACCCGGUUGAGUGACUACUUUCCAGGUUUCCAGCCAAGCCGAAGUUUUUUUGAGUGCUGGCAUGGCGUCGUCCCCAGAGGCCCAGUCGGACAGCAGCAGCAGCAGCGAGGACGAGUUUGACCUCGGCGGGUCCUCGCUCAAGUCCAGCGGCGACGCUUCCAAGAGUAGCAAGCCGGCAGACCCGGACAAACUCUUCAGCGACGACAGUGACGAAGAGGAAGAUGACAAGAAGGAGGGAGAUGACAAAAAGGGAGUGUUGUCCCCUAAGAAGGAAGAGAAGGACAAGGAGAUGGAAGAUCUCUUCGGAUCCGACUACGACUCGGAGGAGGAAGAAUUCAAGGCCUCAGGUGUGAAGGAAUCGCCCGCCCGCGACGGAGGACGCAGCAAUGAGGAUCUCUUCGGCGAUGAGGCCGGCGACCGUAGUGCCUCUGGAGGUGGUGACGGAGACAACGGCUACUCGGACAACAUGUGGCUCCCCAAGACCCCCAAAGCCCCCAAGACAGCCAAGUACUUUAUCAGCAAGAUGCCUAAUAUCCUUCGCCUUGUGCCGGAGCCAUACACUAAGGAAGCCAUCCGAGCCGAGAUGGACAAUCCAUCGGACGAGACCUUGUACCGUAACUACGUGCGCUGGCGCUACAAACGCGACCCUGCUACUGGUCGCGUGCUGUUGGACGACAAGACCAACUUGCCAUUACGGGAAUCCAACGCCAAGCUGGUGCAGUGGGAGGACGGCACGUUCUCCAUGUUUGUGGGCAAGGAGGCGUUGACUCUGUCCCGUCAGAAACUGGCUAACUCGUUCCUGUUCGUGAACGAGAUGGCGAGUGAUAGUCCGCACUACCAGGAUAGUGACGAUGUGGUGCCAGGACAGGAAAGCGUGCUGGAGUGCCAUGCACGCCUUAAGGAGAAGUUUACGAUUCGUCCGAUGACCACAGCCAGCAAGUCUCACAAGAGUCUCACCAUGUCCAUGCGAGCCAAGCACAACAAGAGUGUGCAGAAGCUUAAGGAGUACAUUUCAGAGCUGGACGGCGAGCGUGAACAGGAGCAGCGUGUUAAGAUCACUGACGAGAAACUCCGGCUGCAGAACCGCAAGAAGGCACGUCAGGGAUACGAGUACGAUCGCGAGCGCUCCUCGCGCAUGGAUGCGCAGUUCUUGGAGGAGGGCUACGAUGCCAUGGAUUACGAUGACGACGAGCACGUGGGUGCCAUCAAGGAACAGUUCGGCAAGCGCAAGGGCUCUGCAGCGCACCGCAAGCAUGGUGUCCGUCGUCCGGUACCUGGUGGUGGCUUUGACGAGUACCGUAGCAGCCAACGCCAGCGUGAACUCGAACGCGAACGUGAAGGCGAGAGAUCAGAGAGUGACAACGACGCUGGUGUGGACGAGGGCGAGGACGAUGAAGAGGAGGAGGAGGAGGAGGUGGUUAUUCGCAGCCACAAGAAGCGACGCACCGUGGACGAAGAGGACUCGGAGUAAGCAUGUCGAAAACAAGCAGUCCAAAACAGCAAACCCCACCUCAAUCUUACCGUUAGUACUUUCGUUAGAUCGUGUGUUGAGUGAGGUGUGCGUACAUGUAGCAGAUCCUACAGAACAGAAUGGUAACGUGGGGGGGAAAAUUCCCACAUUACCAUUUUGUUUUGUUUGAGUAUGCUGAGUUGUAUGCAAGUCUUGUCGCUUUCAUUGCUUACAAUAGGAGCUUAUUAUCAAAGGGACUCUCUGGG